AUCUCAAAAGCAGAAGAGUUCAGUUCUCCGUUUGCUCACCUUUUGUUUAGCCAACACGAUGUCUUGAACCCGCCCAGAAGGUAUAAAUAACCGAGCUGGUCACAUCGUUCUUCUAGGCAAAUUAGACUUAACUUUUCUUUCACCAGCUGGUAUGUGUGCCCAGAAAGAUACUUUUCAUCCCUUUUAGUGAAAGUCCAGGAUGAGUUAUGCAGAAAAACCUGAUGAAAUCACAAAAGAUGAAUGGAUGGAAAAACUCAAUAACUUGCAUAUCCAGAGAGCCGAUAUGAAUCGCCUGAUCAUGAAUUAUCUUGUUACAGAGGGUUUUAAAGAGGCAGCUGAGAAGUUUCGGAUGGAGUCUGGAAUUGAGCCCAGUGUUGAUCUAGAGACUCUAGAUGAAAGGAUAAAAAUUCGAGAAAUGAUACUGAAAGGACAGAUUCAAGAAGCCAUUGCACUGAUAAAUAGUCUCCAUCCAGAACUGUUAGAUACAAACCGAUACCUUUACUUUCAUUUGCAGCAGCAGCAUUUGAUUGAACUGAUUCGUCAGCGUGAGACAGAGGCAGCCCUGGAAUUUGCCCAGACUCAAUUGGCAGAACAAGGAGAGGAGAGCAGAGAAUGCUUGACAGAAAUGGAGCGUACCCUGGCAUUGCUUGCCUUUGAUAAUCCUGAAGAAUCACCGUUUGGAGACUUGCUCAACAUGAUGCAGAGACAGAAGGUAUGGAGUGAAGUUAACCAAGCUGUUCUAGACUAUGAAAAUCGUGAGUCAACACCCAAGCUGGCUAAAUUACUGAAACUACUUCUGUGGGCUCAGAAUGAACUGGACCAGAAGAAAGUAAAAUAUCCCAAAAUGACAGACCUCAGCAAGGGGACAAUUGAGGAACCUAAGUAAAUUGUGUGCAGAUGGACACCAAGCAAUCUUAGUACUGCACAGUAUACAUUUAUCAGUCUGUGACUGAAAUAUUUUUACUACAGUACAACACUCAACAAUUCAGAUUUUUUUUCAAUGAACAUCUUAAUUAAAGGGGAGAAGUCCCUUUUAAAUGCUGCAAAAAUUGCAUUGAAAGGCACUGUAUCUCUUUGAAAGUCUGAUUUAGGCUAUGCACUAUUAUACAUUUUUUAAAAAUCCAAUUAAACAGAAAAAAAAGACAUUUUAAAGUACAGUGCUCAAGGUUUCUAACUGGCUACUGAUGCUUAGUUUAGUGGCCAGUGAGUUAAAUUGGGUUAAUUAUUCAGUUAAGUUUAACUCUCUCAUUUGACACUUGUAUAGAUCAGUGAAUAUUUUCUACUUUAUGUUAAGUUACAGCAAGAUAUGUAUUUCCCCUUAAAAUUAACAACUGGUCAAUUUUAUCUAAAAAUUUCUUACUGUACAGCCAACCUUUUGCAUAGGAAAUAGUGUAUAAACUUGUAAAUCAUAAUUUAAGAAUGUUUUUUCCUUGUUUCUGACUCUUUGGUGCUUUAUUUAUAUGGUGAGAGCUAUGUUCACAGUAGAUCAAUGACCCAUCUUUUCACAAGUAAUAUUGCUGGAAAUAAAAGUUUCUUUUUAAUUUCAA